CGCCGCCUGCUGCCGUAAAAGCGCCGGUGGUGUUGGAUGCUCAUUGUGCGGAGUGAUCUGAAAUACGGACAACACCCAGCUAGCCGCAGCCGCAGCCGCUACCGCAGCCGCACUAGUGCCCCCUCGGCUUUCUUUGCCGCCCCAGCGCGUCCGAGUAGUGGUGGCUUACAUCCGAGGCUCCCAAACUCUCGCUCUCUUUUCGCCCUUCUUCUUAGCCAUUUUGUAACACCCCCGCUUUGUCUUUUUCAACAUGUCGUCUUGGCAAAACUACGUGGAAAACCUGAUGGCCGACGGCAGCUGUCAGGACAGCGCCAUUGUUGGGUAUUUGGACGCCAAAUACGUUUGGGCAGCACAUGACGGUGGCACUUUCAACAAUAUCACGUCCCAAGAAAUUGAUGUGCUGGUAGGCAAAGACAGAGAGACCUUUUACACCUCUGGUCUCACCCUGGGCUCAAAGAAGUGUUCAUUGCUCAGAGACAGUCUGCAAGAUGAUGGUGACUGGACAAUGGACAUGAGGACAAAGAGCCAAGGAGGAGAACCUACAUACAACAUCUCUGUGGGACGAGCCGGACAAGUUUUGGUUCUUGUAAUGGGAAAGGAAGGGGUCCAUGGAGGCGGAUUGAAUAAGAAGGCUUACUCAAUGGCAAAAUACUUGAGGGAUUCAGGCUUUUAAUGUUUCCCAGGAUCAUUUAGUAUUGGUUAUACUCAUGGGAAAGGAGGCCGUCCAUGGUGGAAAGCUUAACAAGAAAGCACAUGAAAUGGCGGAUUACCUGAGGAAGGUUGGAUUUUAAGCAACCUCACCAUCCGUCAACCUAACAGCUCACCACAUACUUCUAGGAUUAAAGGGCAAAUGUUUCUUUCAUCCCCUUCUCUUUGAUACACAGCCCCCCCCCCUUCAUCACAAUGUGUUUGAAUUUUUUUUCCCCCCAACACUACAGUAAUGGCAUGAUCAUGAAAUUGUUUAAAUGUUUAUAUACCAAAGGAGUGUACAAAAAAAUAACCACAAAGUGUAAUAAAAAUGAAUUUGCCUUGAAUGACACCUGCUUCGCUAGUAGCUAAUUGAAAAAAGGCACCCCCCCCAACCCAUUCAUCAGCAUGUCUGCAUUGUUGCAUGCAUAUCUGCUUUUAUUAUGGUUCUCCAGGCCCUUCACCCAUAUUCCCAGCCAAAAUACCUGCCUCCAAUAAAACAGCUUACGCAAACAAAAUCUUGUAUCUGUGGAUAAAUUUGCCACUCUCACCCCCACCCGCCUCCUUUUAUAAAGUUAUUUUUUUAAAUAAUCCUACCAUCACAUGCUUUUUGUGUUGUACCUGGAUGUGGUCUUUUAAAGAUGCGUCGUUGGUUUCUUGUUAUAGUGUAAGGACUGCGUUGUGAUACUUUAACACAUUCAUACAGAAACCAUUUUGAGCAAUUACUCUAGCCUUAAUAUCCACCUGAAGCUCCUGCACUAGUACGCUCUUUGUCCUCAUAGUAGGGUAAUAAAUGCUCAAAUGGCUUUUCAGGCUACUAGUGCGCGGAAUUAUGAAAAAACUACUGCGUUGUGAAUAAAUGCUUAAUUGGCUUUAUGACAAGCUGUUUGGCAUUUAUUUGAAAUCCAGUGUGAGGUCCAUGUACUCGUAUGCUCUUUCUCCUCACAUGUAGGACAACUUUAGUAUACUAGUAGGACAACUGUUUGUGGAGAGACAAAACUGCACUAGUUGACAUCUGCCCACUACUAGUACAUUUUGGCAAACUGAGCAUUUAAACAAUAUCCUUGAUAACCAUCUUAAUGUACUGUACUAAUAAGACAAUUCAGCGCACUCUUAGAAUGACAUUUACUAGUAAUGUUUUUCCACUACUAGUGCCACUUUUGACCAAGUAUGUAAUAAACCUGAUUAGUUAACUUCUGUAGUAGUUACUACUAGACCCUACUAGUAGCACCAUAAUGCCCACUAGUAGUUUUACCUCACUCGUCACAUGUUGUCCUACUAGUGUGCAGGAGUGUCAAAAUGAAUUGUCUUACUAAUAUUACUAGUUAAGGAUAUCAAUAUCCUUUAUCAAGUUUAAGGUCCAUGUACUACAGGUGCAUCUCUCAAUAAAUUUGAAUACUGUGGGAGAGAUCAUUGCGAUUCCAAAAGUGAAACCCAGAAAUUAUACCAAUUCAGUCAACACAAAAUACUUUUCAGAAGGCCAAUUCAAACCUCAUUUCCAUAUAAAAAUUUUUGACCGGUUCUAAAAUAACAAAAACUAUAGUGUACUCUGUGGAAUGAGUGUAUGAGUUUUUGAAUUUAACUCCAGAAAUGCGUUUUAUAAUUAGAGAUCCACCUGUAGUAUGCUCUUUGUCCUCACUCGUAGGACAACUUUAGCAUACUAAUUGGACAAGUACAUGUUACUAGAGAGGCAAAACUGCAGUCGUUGAAAACUGCACAUUACAAGUACUACUAGUGAAUUGCUUAAUUUUGUCACCAGUAUCAUGCAGUGGUAAACUAGUGCACAGUUCUGCCUCACUUUGAAAAGUAACAUAUAGUUGUCCUACUCUUAAUGUCAAAGAUGUCCUAGUGAGGACAAAAAGCACUAGUACAUGGACCUUAAAAUUGCUCGAACGGCUUACCAUUUGAGCAUUUAUUCAAUAUCCUCGAUAAACAGUUUAAAUUCAUACUAGUAGGCCAAAAGUGGCACUAGUUGUGGAGAAAUUUUUUAGAAGUAAGAAUUGUUGUGUUCUACCAGUUGUUCUACCAGUGCAAUUAAUUGUCUUUCUUGUGAGGGCAAAGUGUUCUAGUACAUGGACCUUAAGCUGGAUAUCAAGGAUAUGGAAUAAAUGCUCUAAACAGUUUUCCGUACAUUCUGGAGUUUGUGGUCAUUCCACCUCUGUGACAGCUCACAUUUAUCAAUCAGCUCCUGCAAUUUGUCCAAUUGGCUGUUAAUUAGCACCUCUUCCUUCCUCGUCCUCCUUCCCCAUUUGUUCCCCCCUUGGACCAAUCAUUGAUGUACAAGGAUGUUCACCGCCAUUCUGAUAGAUGAUUGUUGGCAUCACCCGUUGACUGUAAUUUAAAAAGUAAAAAAAAACUUGACGGCUUCAGAAAGUGGUAAAACCGUAACUGCUCCCUUUUUUUUUUAUAUACAAGACUUCGACACUAUAAAUUUGUCAACACUAAUUGUAUUUGUUUUUCAUUUUUUGACUAACUUCAUUAACUACUGAAUCUACAUGAAUGCAUAUUGACUGUAAACCAAGGGUGUCUGCUUCUGACAUCUUGUCGUUAUUUGCAUUGUGCUUUAGUCAUCCAAGAUGUAUUCACAAAUUGUCAUCGUAUGGUACUUAGAAGUAUUAUAGCUAAAAAAAAAUAAAAUAAAUGCUGUGUACACUAAUUGAAAGUGGUGUUG